AUGUACCGUACCUUUCCAAUCCAAGUGUCCCUUCAAGCUCCACCACACGACACCCAUCCACUCUUCACUUUCUCCACCAAACCAUAACCCCAUCUUCUUUCCAAACCAAACUCUUAACUUUUUUCGUUUGAGUUGAUUUUGCUUUAAACUUCAAUUCUAGAGUAACACACUCACUCACUCUUUCAUCACCAAUAAUGGCUUGUGCAUUGCAAGCAACCUUAGCAGCCAACACUUAUGCCUUUUCUCCAAGGAGACUCUCAAUGAAACACCAAAAAACUAGUAAGGGAGGUUCAUACAUUUUCACUGUUAAAGCUUCUUCUGAUGACUCUGACUGCAAUGAGGAAGAAUGUGCCCCAGAUAAGGAAGUUGGGAGGGUCAGUGUGGAAUGGUUAGCAGGGGAGAAGACUAAAGUAGUAGGUACAUUCCCACCUCGUCGUAAUAAGGGUUGGACAGGCUAUGUUGAGAAGGACACUGCUGGGCAGACAAACAUAUAUUCAGUUGAGCCAGCAGUUUAUGUGGCAGAAAGUGCAAUAAGUUCAGGAACUGCUGGCACUUCUUCUGAUGGAGCUGAAAACACAGCAGCAAUUGCUGCAGGCAUUGCCCUGAUCUCAGUUGCUGCAGCAUCAUCUAUAUUACUACAAGUUGGUAAGAAUCCUCCUCAGAUCCAAACAGCUGAAUACUCUGGACCAUCACUUGGUUACUACAUCAACAAGUUUAAGCCACCAGAAAUUACUCAAGCAUCCAUUCCUAGUGAGGCAGAAUUGUCAUCAUCUGUGCAAUCUGAAAGUUCUCCUCCAGAAGUUUCCCAGGUUCAGGUUGAAUCUGAAGUUCAGCCUGAGAUCCCAAGUGUGAACACUGAAUCUUAGGUGAUUACAUUAUGUGAUUACUUUUGCUUUAAAAACAUAGCAAAGAACUUUAUUUUGUAUAAGUAGUAUGAGUCAAUGUAUACAUAACUAAAGGUUAAUGGAUGGAAAUUCUUUUGCUAAACAUUUAUUCCUUGUG